CAUAGAAGAAGAAGCUGAACCGGAAGUUUGGGCGGAGCUUAGCAGUCCAAACGUCAAAAAUGGCAGCGACCAUGAAGAACGUGGAGGAAAUAAGAAACCGAGUAAUACUGGGAGAAUAUGGAGUGAGGAAUGUUCAUACAUCAGAUUACCCCGGAAACUACCCCGGCUAUGACGACACCUGGGAUAUGCAAAAGUUUCAAAAGAACUUCAGGAUUGACAUCGUGAGUCUGGAUGAGAACAGUAUGGAGUUUGACAUGGUGGGGAUCGAUGCAGCCAUCGCCAACGCCUUCAGAAGGAUCUUACUGGCAGAGGUCCCCACCAUGGCCAUAGAGAAGGUGUUUGUCUACAACAACACGUCCAUCGUUCAGGAUGAAGUCCUCGCACACAGACUGGGCCUCAUUCCCAUCAAAGCUGACCCGCGCUUGUUUGAGUACAGGAACACGGGUGAAGAGUCUGCAGAGGAGGAGGGCUCAGAGAUCGACACGAUUCAACUACAGCUGAAGAUUAAAUGCACCAGGAACCCCCGAGCCACUAAAGACUCCUCUGACCCACGGGAGCUGUAUCUGAACCACAUGGUUUACUCCAAGGACAUAAAGUGGGUCCCGAUUGGAAACCAAGCUGAUGUGUUUGCAGAAUCCUGCAUCGGACCGGUGCAUGACGACAUCCUGAUAGCUCAGCUGAGACCAGGACAGGAGCUGGACAUCAUCAUGAACUGUGUCAAAGGGUUAGGUAAGGACCAUGCAAAGUUCUCUCCAGUAGCUACAGCCAGCUACCGCCUCCUCCCAGAGAUCACUCUGCUGGAACCGGUGGAGGGAGAGAAGGCAGAGCGCUUAAAGGGCUGCUUCUCACGAGGAGUGAUAGACUUGGAAGAAGUUGACGGAGACAAAGUUGCCAAAGUGGUGAACAGUCGCCUGGACACAUGCAGCAGGGAGGUCCUCCGACAUGACGACCUGAAGAACCUGGUGAAGAUCGGGAGAGUGCGGGACCAUUUCAUUUUCACGGUGGAAUCCACCGGCAUCCUGACUCCAGAGGUUCUGGUCACAGAGGCAAUCAAAGUCCUCAUGGCCAAGUGUCAGAGGUUUCUCAAUGAACUGGACUCAACUGGCUUGGAGUAAAACAGAGACUGGGCAUGCUCAGACUGAACACUGAGGCUCUGACGAUGAAUCAAGGAACAGCCUCUCAGGGCUUGUAAAUACGGAGGAGCUUUGUCAGAUUUGGUGUAUCAUUGAUACCUGUUGUGAACUUCAGAGAGCCCAUUAUUUUUUCAUGUUUGUUGGACUAACUUAUAAGUUUGCUUAUACAUAUGUAUGCAGGAUUUUGUAUUAUUCUUUCUUCAGAUAAAGAUCCAAAUCACAAUAAACUCAAAAUAACUUCAAAAUGAUGCA